AUGCCGGCGCCGCUGCUCUGCUUCGCGCUGGGACUCUGCCUCUGCGCCGCCGCCGCCGCCGCCAGCAGCCGCGGCGGCCCCCGCGGAUCCGCCUCAGGAGAGCCGCUCUUCAAGGCGUGGGCCUCGCAGCACCGGCGGACGUACCGCUCCGAGGAGGAGUUCCGGCACCGGCUGCAGAUCUUCCUGGACAACAAGCAGAAGAUCGACAAGCACAACGCGGGCAACUACAGCUUCCGAAUGGGCCUGAACCAGUUCUCGGACAUGACCUUCACUGAAUUCAGGAAGAAGUAUCUCUGGCAAGAACCCCAGAACUGUUCUGCCACCCUGGGCAACUUCCCCAGGAGCGCAGGGCCCUGUCCGAAGGCCAUCGACUGGAGGAAGAAAGGAAAGUUUGUCAGCCCUGUGAAAAACCAGGGCUCCUGUGGCAGCUGCUGGACCUUUUCCACCACCGGCUGCUUGGAGUCUGCCAUUGCCAUAAAAACGGGGAAGCUACUGAAUUUGGCGGAGCAGCAGCUGAUUGACUGUGCUCAAAACUUCAACAACUUUGGCUGCAGUGGGGGGCUUCCCAGCCAGGCUUUUGAAUAUAUCCUGUACAACAAGGGGCUCAUGGAUGAAGAGGCAUACCCUUAUCGGGCCCAGAACGGCACCUGCAAAUUCCAGCCCCAGAAGGCAGUGGCGUUCAUUAAAGACGUGGUCAACAUUUCACUGUAUGAUGAGCACGGCCUGGCACAAGCGGUGGGCACCUACAACCCAGUGAGCAUUGCCUUUGAAGUGAGGGAGGACUUUGUACAGUAUCAGGAGGGGGUUUACACCAGCACGGAGUGCGACAAAACCCCGGACAAAGUGAACCACGCCGUCCUGGCCGUGGGCUACGGGGAAGAGGGCGGCGUUCCCUACUGGAUCGUGAAAAACUCGUGGGGCACCUCGUGGGGCAUGGACGGGUACUUCAACAUCGAGCGCGGGAAGAACAUGUGCGGCCUCGCCGACUGCGCCUCCUUCCCGGUCCCGCUCCUCUGAGGCCGGCGCCCCGCGCGCCCUCCACGGCCCCGGCAGCUGCGCGGGCUCCGCUCGGCGGGCAAAAUAAAAGCUUCGAACCCAGAA